GCAUCCCUUCUAUUCGCCAUUUAUCAAUCAAUCAAUUAAUUACCCAUAAAUAAAUCAAAGAAUUAAAUUCCAUUUCUUUACUUCCGAAUCCCACAUUCUCAUUUCUUGGUUUCUCAUCAUUAAUUCCCUCUUUUCCCUCUCAAUUUUCCAUUUUUAUACUCAAUUAGGUUUAAAUCUGACCUAUAUAUACACACAAAAAGAUUUGUAUUUUGUAAUAUUUAGGGUUAAAGCUUAGAAGAUCCGCACUCUAAUCACUUUCUUUAUGAAGAUUUAGUUUGGGAAUGGAAGACUCGAGGGUCGAUGUGAUACUUGAGUUUUUACGGAGGAAUAACUUUGCUAGAGCUGAGGCGGCAUUGCGAAGCGAGAUUGAUAAACGACCUGAUUUGAAUGGGUUUAUGCAAGGGCUUAGUAUGGAGGAGAAGGAUUCGGGGGGAGGGUUGUUAGAAAAUGUGAGUAGGGCGAAAGCUGGCGCUGGUGGAAACGAAGGGAAGAAUUCUUCAGUGAGUGAUGAGGUUUUAAAGGAAAAGCAUAUUGUGAAAGAGGUAGAACGUGGGACGGGAAGAAAUGGACCGGAUAGUAAAUGGGAAAUCGCAUCGUUUGAUGGAGAGCAGAACAGUGAGCCGGUUGGAGCGAGGAAUGAGACUUUUAUGUUUUCUAAUGGUUCAGAGGACAACCUGCUUGAUUUAUAUACUUGGAGAUUUAAUCCUAAUAAUGGGUAUACUGAUCCUUGUGAUGACGAUGAUGGUAUUGGAACCGAAAAUGCAAAGGAAUAUGAAGUUUCUUCUCAAUCAAAGAUUCAUCCAUCUGAGGUUGCUGAUAUAGGAAGACUCCACAGGAAAGUGGCAGAAGAAACUGGUUCUUCUGGGGAUGCAAAAGUGUUGUUGCUUGGGCCUGUAAGUAAUAGUAAGGUGAAUUCGGUGCCAAUUAUUGAGCCCAAGGAGCUUAAUCUUCAACAUCCAAAAAAGGUUGCCAUGUCAAAAGAUGAAUUUGUGGAUAACCCAUGGUCGAGAAAUGAUGAAUUCAAACGUAGUUCAUCAGAGCUGUGGAAGGAUUGUUCGGUCAAAACAGUAUUCCCGUUCCCUGAAGGAGAUGCAUCCACCAGUUAUAAUAUGACAAGUCGUGGAGUUGGUGAGAAAGAAGAUGGAAAACGAAAAACAGACAGCAUUAGGGCAGCAAUCAAAGAGCAAGAAAGUGAGAUUGGAAGGGCUUUGUACUUUGGAAAUACUCAUGGAAGCAAUGAUCCACAAGCUUUUGUUGGCUUAGGUCUUCCAAUCACAUCUGACAAUCAUAAAGAAGAGCUACCUAGACUGGCACCUGUCAAACUCAAAUCAGCUGAAAAACUGUCAAGUUUGACUUGGGAGGAGAAGCACGAACAUGAUGGGCCUGGACAGAUUCUCAGUUCUGAUAAUGCUUAUCUAAUUGGGUCGUAUCUAGAUGUUCCUAUUGGUCAAGAAAUAAGUUCUUCAGGUUUAAAAAGGCCCGUAGGUGGCAGCUGGCGCUCCAUUAGUCAGGGGAUCACAGAAGACACUUCGGAUCUUGUAUCUGGUUUUGCAACUAUUGGUGAUGGAAUGAGUGGAUCUAUUGAUUAUCCACAUGAGUAUUGGGAUUCUGAUGAGUAUGACGAUGAUGAUGAUGUUGGCUAUAUGAGACAACCUAUUGAAGAUGAAACGUGGUUUCUAGCUCAUGAAAUUGAUUACCCAAGCGAUAACGAAAAAGGAACGGUUCCAGAUCCUCAAGAAAGAGUUCCAAAUAAAACUGAUGAUGACGAUCAAUCAUUUGCAGAAGAAGAUUCAUACUUAUCUGGUGACCAGUAUUUUCAUUCGAAAAACGUUGAUCCAGUCAAUAAUAUGGGUGUUCAGUAUGAUGGAGAAUUAAUGGACGAAGAGGAGUUGAGUUUGAUGAGUGCAGAGCCCGUGUGGCAGGGAUUCGUCACGCCAACAAAUGAACUUGUGAUGUUUGGUGAAGGCAAAGGGGCAAAUGAGGGUCGUAGGCCCCAUAUACCUGAGCUUCCUAUAGAUAACGAACAACACGGUUCAGUUAGAUCAAUUGGUGUGGGGAUCAACAGUGACAUUGGGGAUUUUGGCAGUGAGGUACGGGACAACUUAAUCGGAGGUAGUAGUGAGGGUGACAUUGAGUACUUCCAUGAUGAUGACGUCAGUAUUACUCCACACGACUCUGAGAAAAAGUAUCUUGAAAAAUUCAAGAAAGAGAAAAAGAGAACAGCCGUAUCUAAUUCAAAUAAAAUAAUCUCAGUGAAUGAUGUUGGAUUUUCUUUUCCCCCUCCUAGAGACGGCGAGUUAGCGGCUGUUUCUAGUAAACCUGAGGUAUCAAAGUCAAACAACAUUAGUGUCAUAGGUGAUGAAAAUGAUGACUUGCUGCCACCAUGGAGACGGAAAAGCACUGAUUCUUCACCUGGUAAAAGUUCAAGGGAAGAAGAUGAUUAUGGCGAUGUUGCAGAUUCAGAAUAUUCAGGCCCGUCAAUGCCCACAAAUUCUGGUGUUAUGGAAGGGACUCAUCUUAAAAAAGUGGAGGAUGAGAAAGUUGCUGAUCCAAUAGAAGAUCCAGGGGAAUUAUUGGAAGAUGAGGAAGCAGUUGCUGUCCAAGAGCAAGUAAAGCAGAUAAAGGCUCAGGAAGAAGAAUAUGAGACCUUCAAUCUUAAAAUUGUGCAUAGGAAAAACAGGACUGGCUUUGAAGAGGACAAGAAUUUUCAUGUAGUUUUAAAUUCUGUCCUUGCUGGCCGCUAUCAUGUAACUGAGUAUCUUGGAUCUGCUGCAUUCAGUAAAGCUAUUCAAGCACACGACCUUCAUACCGGCAUGGAUGUGUGUGUGAAAAUCAUUAAAAAUAAUAAAGACUUCUUUGACCAGAGUCUUGAUGAGAUAAAGCUCUUAAAGUUUGUCAAUAAACAUGAUCCUGGUGAUAAAUAUCAUCUUCUCAGACUCUAUGAUUACUUUUAUUACCGAGAGCAUCUGUUAAUUGUAUGUGAACUUCUUAAGGCAAACUUAUAUGAAUUCCAUAAGUUCAAUAGAGAAUCAGGCGGAGAGGUUUAUUUCACAAUGCCAAGAUUGCAGUCAAUAACCAUCCAGUGCUUGGAAGCACUUCAGUUUUUGCAUGGUCUUGGGCUUAUACACUGUGAUCUGAAGCCUGAGAAUAUUUUGGUGAAGAGCUACAGUAGAUGUGAAGUGAAGGUGAUUGAUCUAGGAAGUAGCUGUUUUGAAACAGAUCACCUCUGCUCCUACGUGCAGUCUAGGUCUUACCGUGCACCUGAAGUUAUUUUAGGUCUGCCUUAUGAUAAAAAGAUUGAUAUCUGGUCCCUUGGCUGCAUCUUGGCUGAACUCUGCACUGGAAAUGUUCUUUUUCAAAAUGAUUCACCGGCUACUUUGCUUGCCAGGGUGAUUGGAAUUGUAUGUCCAAUUGACCAAGAUAUGCUUGCAAAAGGACGAGAUACACAUAAAUACUUCACCAAAAAUCACAUGCUUUAUGAACGUAACCAGGACACAAAUAGAUUGGAAUACUUAAUCCCAAAAAAGACAUCUUUGAGGCAUCGGUUACCAAUGGGUGAUCAAGGAUUCAUCGAUUUUGUCUCUCAUCUACUUGAAAUUAACCCAAAGAAACGCCCUUCAGCCGCGGAGGCCUUGAAACACCCGUGGUUAUCACAUCCUUAUGAGCCAAUUUCAUCUUAAAAUGCUUGGAUAAAUACAAGUUACACACAUGUAGCUUAAUACUUGGGCUUUGGGAUAGAGAUGAGUUGCUUUUGAUCUUCAAAUGGGGUUCUAUUCCACGUAUGCAAAGUGCAUAGAAAGUUAUGUCGUGGUUGCUGGCAGGUGCCCUCUCCCUUGCCUAAGUUGUAUUUUUAUUUUGCACAACAAAAACUUGUAUUUUUACCGAUUUUGAUUUGUGGUGAUGGAAGCAAAAUCUUCUUCAAUCUUGUUGUACAUGACGGUGUGGCGAUUUAGUAAUAGUUUGUGAAAUAGCCAUUUACCCAGUUUUUCGGUUGGCUUUUGUUGCAGCCUUUUGUGUAGGCAUAUGUUAGCCACACAUGAACAUGAUAAUCUUGAUGCUAUUCUUUUCUUUUUCCUAA